UAUCUCAGUCUGAUCUGGUGCUGGUGUUGGCCUGGUGUAACGAUUCACGAAUCAAGAUCGGUUUCGCUCAUAGAUCUCUAUAUCGCUCCGUUUCGUCUGUUAUGUUCUGUUGUGACCUAGGCCCAGGUGUAGAAGUUUAGAGAUCCUUCCCGUCCGUCAAGUUUACCUUGAUCUAUCAAACCAGCCGAGUUAGCCAGUGUAACUAAUUGUGAGAGUUCUAAGUGUAAUGUGAAGUGAAUUUUUAUUUUAAUGAACUGUUUACUUUUUAGUUUGCCAGUAAAUAAAAACGGAACAUAAAUCUAAAACAUUCGGGAAACCGGGAAAUAAGUUUCAAUCUGUGGACGAAGCUGUUAGAACAUUAGGUUACCCUAUUUCAUCAUUUUCUGAUCUCCAAUACUUUCUUGAAGAGUCUCAUUUCUUCCAUUUUUCACUGACGUUUGGCCAGAAUCGUUGACCAUGGACAUGGACCAUGAAUAUUCAACUAUUAACAUGUCAGAGCAUCACCACAUGGACCAUGAGCACCUGGGACAUGCAGAGCAUGCCAGUGAGGACCACAUGCACAGCGUGGCUGAGAUUGACCCCUCCAGCAUAGAUCACUCACAGCAUACGGACCACAGCAUGCAUGCUGGCAUGAACAUGGCCCAGCACUCCAUGAGCCACAUGAUGAUGAUGUACUUCCACUUUGGCUACGAAGAGACGAUCCUGUUCUCCUUCUGGAAAACGACAUCGCCUCUUACACUCGGUCUCUCCAUGAUCGGUAUCUUCCUCCUGGCCGCACUUUACGAAGGACUUAAGUACUUCAGGGAGUACUUGUUUUGGAAGCAGUACAACGCAUUGCAGUAUAGAUCUGUUGAGACUCCAGCAAACAAAGGCACCGGAACAGACGAGAAUCCCUCCGUACAUAUUGUGGGGGAAGUUAUUCACAGACAGCCGCCGUCAAUGCUCAGCAGGGACCAUCUCCUACAGACAAUUCUGCACGUCUUACAGUUUAUCAUCAGCUACUUGCUCAUGUUGAUCUUUAUGACGUUCAACGUCUGGUUGUGUCUGGCAGUCACCCUUGGAGCAGGAAGUGGUUAUUUCCUCUUCGGCUGGAAGAAACCGGUUUUCAUCUCCGAUCUGAGCGACCACUGUCACUGACAUCAACUCAAACUUGCAGAUCUGCGAGCUUGAGCACCAUGAUCUUCCGAGGAGUUAUAGACUGUGAAACGUCUCAGAUAGAUGUAGGAAACUAAAUUUUACAAUGUGACAAGUCUACGAGUUUAGCGUUGAAAUUCUACCUGAUGUAUUUGCAAAAGUUUUGAAUCUGGGAGGAUUCGUUGUAAAUGUAUUAUACCGAUAGUUUAAAUUUUUAAAGAUAUUUCAAUAGAGAUAGUUCAGUACAUCAAGGAUAGUUCAAAACGAGAAUUCCAAAGCCCUUCCUAUUCAAAUGAAGAAAUGCAGUUAAUGGUUUUAAAUGGUCAUUGUCUUCAAUUACUUUUUCUACCAGGCUACUGUGUGAGUGUGUGAGUAUAAACCAUUCAAAUUUUAAAAGGUUAAGUUACAAAUAAUUGCAUAAAAUUUAUACAAAUUAUGUUUUCUACAUAAUUUCAAAUUGAAAAAAGAUUUAUUAGUUUAUUUAUUGAUUGAGGAAUUUGCAUUCAAUCUAUAUUUUUAUAGAUGCCUGUACAGAUUGUAAGAUAUUGCAGAAUUGAUUAAAUUAUUAUUCACAAUUACAUCAGAAACCAUUAGAAUUAGAGUUCCAAGCAAAGCUUCAACCCAAAGUAAAUGUCUUACCCCAUAGCAUUUUAAACAUGUUUAGUAUUCAAAAUGCUCAUCUAAUGUUAAAACACAACAUGGUAUUUUUGCAUAUGUAAAUAUAAUGUAUAGAUUUGUUGCGUUGAACUUUGUUAUAGAAGAAUUGUAAAUUGUAUUUGUUCAGUUAAAUUUUGUAUGAUUAAUUUCUUACUUUGAUUUGUUCCAGCAAUAACGCAUAUCUCUGAGUAAUAAUUAAGGUGUUUUUUAAUGUAUUCAAUUAUAUCAUUGUUAUGCAGAUUUAAGUUAUAUUUAAAAAAAAUUAAUUUAUUGCAUGGAUUGAAUCAUCUAGGUAAUCAUUUCCAUAUAAUGGCAUUAGAUUCAUUAAACAUUCAGUGACUAUGUUUGAAAUUUAUUUUAUGUUUAUGAAUACAUCGAUAUUAUACCAGGACUGUGAGUAAAAUUUGUGACUCAUAUUUUGUAAGCUUUACAGAGUGUGAGAAGAGCUUUAACAUUUUGCCGAGAUUUUAUAAAAAUCUUUAAUUUUUUUUAUCUCUAUUUUUAAUAUAUAUUUUUCCACUUUAUUUCAAUAUGUUUUACGUUAGUAGCUACACUACACUGUUGAUUUUAUUACAUAUUUUGUCUUGUAUCAUUCCAUUUAAAAAAAUCGAAAUAUGCCAAGGUAUAAGUAUUUAAUUAGAUAUAUAUUUAUACUAUACUUCCUAGAAUAUUGUCUAUAUGUAUUUAAAAUCAAAGCUUGAUAUGAAAUCACUAAUUGAAAGUAAUAAGAAAUACUGUUGAUUUAUUUUAGAAUUUAUUUUGUUGAUGCUAUUUUGUACAGAUAAUAUAUUGUUAUAGUUCCUAUUUAAAAAUAAAUUUAACCUCGAUUUUCUGUAAUAAGUACAAUUUAAAUCUGUUGAACCAGUUAUUGUUUCUUUCAGUUUCAUUUUGUGAUACAUUGUUAUCAGUGGUAUUAACUUAAAUAAAAUUAUGAGAUUCAUA